ACUUACACACAUUAUAUGGGCAGUAGCUGCGCUCUAUAAUCCGUGUGACUGCUCCGAAAAGUUGCAUCCCGCAGAAAGUCGCUUUCCCAUAACAUAUAUAUCUUUCGGUCCGAUCCCCGGAGGCUCUGGAUCACGUCGUACAUCGUAUAUAGCAUUAUUCUCGAGGAGCAUAAUACGAAAUGGUCUCGUCGACCGAGCCACUGGUGCGGAGGUGCCGCCAAGCUGUUGUUCCGUAGCUGGGCUCCGUGAUUAGAUUGGCGUUCGGCGCAGCUCGCUUCUCUCUUUCUUUCUCUCUUUCUCUCUCGCUUGCUACAUUCUCAUGUUUAUUCCGUCCGUUGGCAGCUCACCUGGCCACAGGAGUUGCAUCCGUAUACCUCACCUACACAUCUGAUAUCGGACAAUUUUUCGCUCUGUGUACGCGUGUACAUGUGUGUGGGUGUGUGCGUGUAGUACGUGAUGUGCGCGCAUCAGCUGCUGCUUGACGUAUGCUGUUGACACUUGACCGACUGCAACUGAAAACAAGGACGGAUCGUCGGUGCAUUUUUCGGAAUCGAGGACUGCGCCUACUCUGCGACUGGUCAAAGGGCCGCAGUCCAGUUGUUUGGGUAUAGUCCUCGUGGGUCCUCGAGUUCAGCAGGCAUCAUUUACGUGCUAUAGUGGCGGCGAAAUUCUGUAACGGUGUGCUACACGCGAUCGCAGUCCGCACGUCUCUCGCACCGAUAUAGCCAACACCUAUACAGCGAAACAUAUAUCGAAGCAGCGCGCACACGAGGAGUGCCUCGCUGACAAGUGUGUGCGCGUGCCCGCUCACCCGCGCUCUUCUCCUCUGUUGACUUUUUGCUACUCCUUGUGUUGGCGCGUGUGUCUGUGUGUCUGUGCGCACAUGCAUAUGUUGCUGCUGCUGCUGCUGUGACUGCGAGACUUGCAUUUCUAUACAUAUACAUGUAUAUGUGCAACGGCCAGCUACUAGAACCAAGAGUGCAGUGCAUACAUACAACGACGUUUGCACACGCACCUCGUGUACGUGUACUGUUCGCGCACACCAACGUUGCUUCGUCGUCCAGUGUGUAUAAUUGACCGAGUACACAAGUCAUCAGCUGUGAGCUGUAUCCAGAACGAUUUAAGCUGGAGGGACGUAUUUUGAGUCGGAGAAGAACCGAGAUGGCAUCGAGAAGAUGGUUUCAUCCAAACAUCUCGGGUCUCGAAGCGGAACGGCUCUUGAUGGAAAGAGGAUACGAUAGCUCGUUCCUGGCGCGGCCUAGCUCCUCCAAUCCCGGCGACUUUACGCUCUCGGUGAGGCGCAAUGGCGAAGUGACGCACAUCAAGAUCCAGAACACCGGCGACUUUUACGAUCUCUAUGGGGGCGAGAAGUUCGCCACGCUCUCGGAACUCGUGCAAUUCUACAUGGAGAACGGCGGCCAGCUGCGCGAGAAGAACGGCGAGGUCAUCGAGCUCAAGUACCCGCUGAACUGCGCCGAUCCCACCACCGAGAGGUGGUUCCACGGCCACCUCUCGGCCAAGGAGGCCGAGCGCCUCAUGCUCGAGCGAGGCAAGAACGGCUCCUUCCUGGUGCGCGAGUCCCAGAGCAAGCCCGGCGACUUUGUACUCUCGGUGCGCACCGACGACCGCGUCACCCACGUCAUGAUCAGAUCUCAACAGGACAACAAGUACGACGUCGGGGGUGGUGACAAAUUCGACAGUCUCAGCGAUCUCAUUGAGCACUACAAGCGCAAUCCAAUGGUCGAAACGAGCGGUAGUGUCGUCCACUUGAGACAACCGUUCAACGCGACGAGGAUCAACGCGAGCGGCAUCGAGAGCCGCGUGCGCCAAUUGCACAAGGAGAACGGCUGCUCCAAUGGCUGGCUAUGCUGGAACGGAGUGAACGGAAUCGAGGAGGAAGGCGCCGUGCGCGGCAAAGGCAAAGCCGGCUUCUGGGAGGAAUUCGAGUCGUUGCAGCAAUUGGAAUGUCGACACUUGUUCUCGAGGAAAGAAGGCCUCAGGCCCGAAAACAGGGCGAAAAACAGAUACAAAAAUAUUCUACCAUUUGACCACACGAGAGUCAAGCUAAAAGACUUUGACCCCGAAGAUCCAGGUGGUGAUUACAUAAAUGCCAAUUAUAUCAAAAAUGACGAUGAGUCGAGUACGACUGGAAACGUAGACAAUAGUAUCUUCAAUAAAUGCUACAUCGCAACUCAAGGAUGCUUGCCAAACACCAUUGCCGAUUUUUGGCAAAUGGUCUACCAGGAAAAUACUCGAGUUAUCGUCAUGACCACCAAAGAAAUGGAACGAGGAAAGAACAAAUGUGCUCGUUAUUGGCCCGAAGAUGGCGAGAGCAGUGAAUACGGCUACGAGUGGAAAGUACGAACAUUGAAUCGCACAUCGACGGCCGAUUAUACUUUGCGAGAAUUUUUAUUGCAAGGGACUAAACCACAAAACAGAGCACCAAGACGUAUUUAUCAUUACCACUUUCAAGCGUGGCCUGAUCAUGGAGUACCUGCCGACCCAGGCUGUGUCUUGAAUUUCCUCCAUGACGUUAAUGCUAGACAAGAGUCCAUUACCGAGGGGAAAUCUCCAGUUGGUCCUAUACUUGUUCACUGCAGUGCUGGCAUUGGUAGAACUGGUACCUUUAUAGUUAUAGAUAUGAUCCUUGAUCAAAUUAAAAGACAUGGUUUGGAUUGUGAAAUUGAUAUUCAAAGAACAAUCCAAAGGGUACGAUCGCAGAGGUCGGGCAUGGUUCAAACAGAAGCACAAUAUAAAUUUGUUUACUUGGCUGUUUUACAUUACAUAGAAACCGUGUCUCAAAGAAUGCAAGCUGAACAGAAAUCGAUUCAAUUGGGGCGGGAGUACACCAAUAUUCGAUAUAAGAGCGAAGGUGUCAGUAAAAGUGAAACACCAGCCUCAACACCAAAUCCUGCGACAGUUUCUACAGGUAGUUUUACUCUGCCUUCGCCUUCUGUAACGAGGCCAAAAUAAAAUCCAGAUUGUCACCUGUGACCGGUGUGAAUAUUCCUGUUACCAGCGCAAAUCAGUCAUCCAUGACUUUUUUUUUAGUGUAGCGCAUGCUUCUAUCUUUUAUAGACCUUUAACUUAACUCACUUCCGCAAGCACAAUAAAGUUGGAAACAAGAGGUACAUUUUGUGUAUCGCAAGCAUAUAAUAUAAAAACGAGCAUCUGCCAGUGUUUAGAACUGGUUUUCAAAACAACACAGGCCUUAUUUUGUUGAUAAAGUGAUACAUUAUAUUCUUUUUAUAAUGAAGACAAUUAUGAGAACGAAUUAAAUAAUUUAAUGAUUUU